AAUCCCGUUGGUAGAACCUAUCAUAAUCUUUAAAAAAAGAUGUCUGCCGUAACGGUUAGUUGUCUCGUUGUCAUUCUAACUCUACAUUUGACUUUUGUCCACGGACUUCUCUUGGAUAACAUAAACAAUCAACAGAAAACAACUCCAACCAGCUCUGCGCAUCAAGAUACAUUGGUUUUCCUUAUGCAAGAAGUGAUGCAAAUCAAAAAUAUUCUACAACAAAAAACGAGAGAGAUUGACAAUCUGCGAUCGGCCGUCUUCAACGAAUCGUCGUCGAUGUUUCUAAAUUUGACGAAGGAGAUACAAGCAUUGAAGAACGGAAGUUACAACUCGAAUGAUAUCUUGAAGCUGAGUAAUGAAAUUGCAGUGUUGAAGUUUACUGUUGAAAAUGAACUAGCUAACCAUCUUCAAACCUUGAGCGGUACUAACAUGACAGAUAUGUUUGCUAAACUUACUAAUCUUGAAAAUGCCUUUCGCCAAUUUACACUUGUCUUAAACCAAAAAGUGUCUAUAUCGGAUUUAACACAAGCAUUGACACAAAAAGUGUCUACAUCGGAAUUGGUCGCUGUAGAGCAACGUUUAACAACUUUGUCAACGCAAAAGGUGUCUACAUCCGACUUAACACAAGCCUUGGCACAUAAAGUAUCUACAUCCGACUUAGCACAAGCAUUGACACAAAAAGUGUCUACAUCUGAAUUUGCCGCUGUAGAACAACGUUUAACAACUUUGUCAACCAAACUAGAGGCACAACUCAAGAACAUCACGGAAGGUGUCAAUGCUUUGCAACAAGGAAAUAUUAUCCCAGGUAGAAUCAGAUUGGUGAACGGGUCCACACCCUGGAUGGGAAGAGUAGAGGUGUCCUAUCAAGGAACUUGGGCGACGGUAUCUUCCAGAAUAUCCAAUCUUUUGUACACUUUUGACGAUAAGGCAGCCGAGGUCGUAUGUCGAAUGCUAGGAUAUCCGACAAAAAACGCAGCGGCUAUACACGAGAAUUCUCCUCUGUAUUUUGGGAAAGGUACAGGGUAUGUCGACACAAGUCUUUAUGGUUUACAUUGCAACGGAGAUGAAAAUUCACUUUAUGAUUGUCCUCAUUAUUCGGAAGAGCCAAAUCCAUAUCAUACCCACAAACAUGACGUCGGAGUCGCAUGCAUGGACAUACGUUUGGUCGGUGGAUCGUCGCCAUCGAAUGGAAGAGUCGAGGUAAACUUUGGAGAGGGCUGGGGAACUGUGUGUGACGAUGAUUGGGAUGACAACGAUGCUCGGGUAGCGUGCAGAAUGCUGGGAUAUCAUGGGUCUGCCCAGGGCCUUCAGGGUUCAUCCACCACUGGAGGACAUGGUUUUAUUUUGUUAGACCACCUACUGUGCACGGGAAGUGAAACCUCAUUGGCAACGUGCAAGAAAAGUAUCGAAAUUGGUUACCAUGGAUGUAGUCAUGUCGAGGACGCACGUGCAGUUUGCCAUAAUUAAAUCUAAAUUUUCGAACUUCCUAUUGAUGAGUGAGAAUGCACGUAAGGUUACAUCUGAGAUAUUAAUAUAUGGAUGGUUAAAAAGCCUACAAAAACUAAAACCACAGGAGAGUCCCGUUUUCAAGUUCCAAUAAUCAGAGAUUGAAACUGUUAUUUGCCUGUAGAUGCAAAGUAAUAAAGAUUUUUUACAUAGAAAAUUUUACAUUUGUUUUAUUGAUUUCAUGUCAAAUUAUAUCAAAUGCAUUUUUUAAAUAGUUACAGGGUUUGUGCAUGUUAUACUUUGAAAUCCAUCAAGAUGGAAAAUCAUGGGAACAUUGUUUUUGUCCUGUCUGGCCAUCUGUCAAUCUAUGAUAAUUCACUAAAUUAAACGUUUG